AUGACUAGACUUGUAGAAUCUCAAAAUGCUGAGAUAGUUUUACUUCGGAAACAGCUCGCUGAUGCUCAGGAAUAUAUGAGGCGAAGGAAAAACCUAAGGAGAAAAAGCUAUGAGGACGACUACGCAAGCGCCCAAUUGAAGAAUCAGAAGAAGAGAUUGAAGAAGAAGAGCUAG